AUGCUCAACUCUACCAGGACAAGCCAGGUUACACUAGAAGCUCCUAGCAGUCUGUACAGAGCAGAUAUAGAGGUGGUUCAGCCAGAGGAGGAUCCCUUCCCGGAAGACCCAGAAGAAGAAGUCGUCGACCCUUUCCCUAAAAAUCCCGAAGAGGAUUGUAACACCCAGUUAGGAACCUGCCAGACGCAGAACACAGAUUACCUAACGGAGAAGGCAGCCCUUCAACACGAGAAAGCUGCGUAG